UUUACGUCACUGCAUUAUUGAGCUUGAGGAAGCGACUGACAAUCCAUCGCGCUCUCGAACUUUGACAAACAGUGUUUUCCUUUCUGAUUACUUCAUUGUUUCGAAACGCGUGCCGUUAAACCGGUUAUUCUCAAUGCGUAUCUGUAUGCAAGUUUAAAGGGUCUGAAUUAGCUCGCCAGCUAUCUGACUGCAUUGAGUUGCUGUCAGGUCGCAGCGGUGAAGUGCACACUUAUCGAUCAGCAUCAAGAAACCCCUGGAGCCUUUCUAUCGAUCUUCAUUGAUCCGCUGAGGAUAUAUUGAUUGUGAAUGAUGGGGGCUCAGAGGAGUGAGGGACGCAGAGACUGGCAGGAUUUCACCGAGCAGCAGGUCCAGACAGUGAAUCCCUGGAACAUCAUGAUCAAACACAGACAGGUGCAUCGCAGAGGACGGCGCUCACAGAUGGCGGUUAGUUAUACAGACCCUGUCAUUUCCAUGGAUCUUCUGCGGACCGUUCUGCAGCCCAGCUUCAAUGAAGACAUCCGUGCUGUGUUCAGAAAAUACAUGAAGUUUUUUGAGAAGGCGGCCAGUAAUGUGAAAGAAAAUGUCGGAGGAGACAUCCAGCCUGACCAGCUUAUCAGAGACGCUUGCAGAAACUGCCUGGAACAUGCAAAGCAGCUUUUUCCUGAUACAGAGAAAACGGCUCUGAAACCCAGUGUUGACCCAACAGUGAAGCGUGCACGGCAGCCAGACGACACCUCUGGCCAGAGAGACAGUCCCAUCCCUAAAAAGAGGAAAGGUCGCCCUCCAGGUAAUGUACAGUAUGACAGACCGGCCCAGUACAGCACUGCAGCAAAACCCAAAACGUCCGAGCCAAUAAAGCGAGAAGGACCUAAGUGGGACCCAUCCAGACUGACUGAGAACAGCACAUUCGUUCUAGGAUCCAGGGCAAAUAAGGCUUUGGGAAUGGGCGGUACAAGAGGAAGAAUCUACAUCAAACAUGCAGAGCUCUUCAAGUACGCCGCAGAUGCUCAGGACAAACACUGGCUUUCAGAAAGACAGCACAUGAGAGCCACUGGUGGAAAAAUGGCCUAUCUGCUAAUAGAAGAGGAUAUCCUUGAUCUUGCCCGAAGUGAAGACUACAAGGAUUGUCCAGACUUGAAGAUGGAUGAAUUGAAACCAUUUCUAGUGCCAAUAUGGAUGGUGGAGAAGAUGCAGAAGGCAAUGGAUGCGCAGAAAACAGAAAAUGAUCUUGCUAUGUAGUGCCAGCCUCGCCAGGCAAGUCGUUGGACCACGGACACUCUUGAGUGUUACCAAUUUAACAUAACUGUACAUUUUUGUUGUUUAUUUUGUUUUUGAGAUGUUCAUAAUAGACCCAGGCAUUAUGAUCAAGUUGCCCAGAAAUUGUUGUGUUGGGGUUUACUUGGCAAGUCAAAAUUCCACAUUUCAUUUCACAUGCUAUUGUCUAAACUGGUCUGGAACUGAUUGUUGUGUGGAACUGACAAAUGUGUGCUUUUUUCAUGACUUUGAUAUUCAAGUCUUUUAAAUACAAAUGAGGCACAUAUAGAGCCUUAAUGAAUUUUCUUUUUUUUUUUAAAUACUGUGGUUAAUGGUCAUUUUGUAUGUUUGUGUUUCCCAUGAUUUUAUGCCCUAUUUUUUUUAAACAAAUUAAUUUUAUGAAUUGUCAUAUCUGCUUUAAAAUGGAUAUUCAUUUAUUUUCAUUUCCGAAUUAUUUCUCUCUUUUUAAAUAUAUUGCAUUGUUCUUUAAAAAAACAAAACAAAACAAAAAAUAAGGAAGCUACUUCCUUUUGCAGCAGAACUAUGAGCCGAAUGUUUAUAUUAUCUUUUGUAACUUAAAUGUUUUUUGUUUUUUUUUAAAUGAAAUGGAAAAAGUUUUAAUUGACUUGAUUUUAUAGCUUAUUAAAAAGUGUGUGUGUGUGUGGGGAGGGGUGUAAGUAUUUAAAUUAUUUUCUAAAUGAAUUUCAUACCUGUUACACUCACCUAAUGUCUGUUAUAACUGAAAAUAUAGAACAGUUUAUUAAUGUAUGCAAAUAUAUUUACCAAUAAACAGUUUUG